UGUUGCCGCCGCAGAUUCGCGUUACUGGGACACGACACCUCGCACCUCCCCACACCCCCGGGUUUCGGGUCGUCCCCGCGCAUCUUCCUUCCCUCUCCUACCUCCUCCUCUUCCUCUCUCUCCCCUCCCGCCCCCAGCGUGGCGAAAGUGCGGCGGCGAAUUCAACGCUGCUCCCGCCGCCGGCCCCUCGCGAUUCGCUUCCGCAGAUUCGCUACCGCCGUCCGCGCUGCUCCCGGAGCCGGAACGGGCCUGAACCUAGCGGCGGGGCCUUAUUCCCUCCCCGUUCCCCCCCACCCCUUCUUCUUCCACAUCCAUUUCCCUUUCCCGCUUCUCCUUCCUCCCUUCCCCACCGCCGUGGCGAAAGUGCGGCGGCGGAGGCGCAGGCCGCUGCGGUGCUGGCGGGCGGCUCCGGUCCGCGGUGGCUGUUCCCGUUCUCCCCCUCCCUCCCCGCCGCGUAGCGGCCCCUCAGCUCCGGGCGAUGCCCCCGGGGCUGCGGUGAGGAGGGAGAACUCCGCCAUGGAGGUCCCGGGACAGGGUAGUGGACUGGUGACCGUCCCCCCCGAACCCGGUAACGAAACCCCACCGCCCGUUGAGGUUUCCCCCUCUGGGGCGGCUCAGGGAAACGAAGACGGGCGGUUGCGGCCUGGUGCUAAGCGGGUAACGUUUCCCUCCGACGAGGAUAUCGUCUCUGGGGCAGUGGAGCCCAAGGACCCCUGGAGACAUGCCCAGAACGUGACUGUUGAUGAAAUCAUGACUGCCUACAAGCAAGCCUGCCAGAAGCUGAACUGCAAGCAAAUACCCAAACUACUGAAACAGAUACAGGAAUUUAAAGAUCUGGCUCCCAGGAUAGACUGCUUAGAUCUGAAAGGGGAGAAGCUGGAUUACAAAGCCUGCGAGGCGCUGGAAGAAAUUUUCAAGCGGGUCCAGUUCAAAAUUGUCAAUUUGGAGCAAACGAGCUUGGAUGAAGACGGCGCCUCGGCGUUAUUUGAUAUGAUUGAGUAUUACGAGUCAGCGACACACCUCAACAUCUCCUUUAAUAAACACAUCGGCACCCGAGGCUGGCAGGCAGCUGCCCACAUGAUGAGGAAGACAAACUGCCUGCAGUACCUGGAUGCCCGAAACACGCCCUUGCUGGACCAUUCGGCACCCUUCGUGGCGCGUGCCCUCCGCAUCAGCAGCAGCCUGAUCAUCCUGCACCUGGAGAACGCCAGCCUUUCGGGACGCCCGCUCAUGCUGCUGGCCACGGCUCUGAAGAUGAACAUGAACCUGCGGGAGCUGUACCUGGCCGAUAACAAGCUGAACGGGCUGCAGGAUUCGGCUCAGCUUGGCAACCUGCUGAAGUUCAACAGCUGCAUACAGAUACUUGACCUGCGGAACAACCACAUCCUGGACUCAGGCUUGGCAUACAUCUGUGAAGGGCUGAAGGAGCAGCGGAAAGGGCUGGUCACUCUGGUUUUGUGGAACAACCAGCUGACUCACACCGGCAUGGCCUAUCUGGGGAUGACGCUGCCUCACACGCAGAGCCUGGAGACUUUGAACCUGGGCCACAAUCCCAUUGGGAAUGAAGGCAUCCGCAACCUGAAGAAUGGGCUGAUCGGGAACCGCUCUGUCCUUCGCCUGGGCUUGGCGUCCACCAAACUGACCUGCGAAGGUGCUGUGGCAGUGGCGGAAUUCAUCGCGGAGAGCCCGCGGCUCCUUCGCCUGGACCUGCGAGAGAAUGAGAUCAAGACGGGUGGCCUCAUGGCAUUGUCGCUGGCUCUGAAGGUCAACCACUCACUGCUGCGCCUCGACUUGGACAGGGAGCCCAAGAAGGAGUCGGUCAAAAGUUUCAUUGAAACCCAGAAGGCUCUCCUGGCCGAGAUCCAGAAUGGCUGCAAGCGCAACUUCAUCCUGGCCAAAGAGAAGGAGGAGAAGGAACAGAAGCUGCAGCAGUCGGCCUCGAUGCCGGAGAUCACCGUGACAGAGCCUCUGGAGGAGGAUCCGGCAGAGGACGGCCGAGACGGCAGUGCUACCUCUGCUCCGGAAGAGGGGGAAGAAGCUGGGGAGACCCUGACGGCCUCAGAGAAUGGGGACACGGAGCCAGCGGAGGACGGCGAUGACGGAGACAUGACGGAUUCCAAUUCGGACACGGAUGAGGAGGCGGAUGCUGGGUUAGAGACGAUGGACUUGAGCGAAAUGCUGCCGAAAAGCCCCGACUCCACUGACAGUGCUACCGCACCCCAGCUGUGGCUGUCCCCGGAGAAGCCAAAGGAUCAGCCGCCCCCCCUGCACAUUGCCGAGGAAUCGCAGCAUGAUGCUGGCGUGGGGAGUCCUGCCAUCUCUCCAGCCUCCACACCCUCCCAGGGAAACGAGAGAAGGAUUUCGGUUUCCAGUCCCGGGCGAGGCCAUAAAAUCUUCGUGGUGACGCGAGUGGAGAGCCUGCCGGAGCGAGCUGCCGAUGCUGCGUGCCCACGGGAGGACACCACUGCUGUUGCGAAAUCCGUUGAGUCCCAGAACCUGGCUCCGGCCACAAAACCUGAACUCCUGGCGCCCUGGGCAAACGGAACAGUUCCUGAACCCGCUGCUGGCUUGGCAGCGCUGAGCAUCGGUUCCGACCCUGAGCAGGGCGACCCUGCGGUCUGCGAGAGCUUGGCCCGCGACACUCCCCUCCCCAACGGGCUGAAGACGGAUUUUGUGCGAGCGCUGCCAGAGGCAUCCUCAGAUGGCGAUGGCAAAAUGGGGAGCUGCGCUGCCGAGCACGAGCUGAGCUGCUCCAAGAACGAGCAGGAGCUGGAGGAACUGCUCCUCGAGGCCAGCCAGGAUGCGGGGCAGGAGCCCCUGUGACCCCAGGUUCUCGGGGACACUCGGUGUCGAGGGGAGGCUCUGGCGUAGCUUCAUUCUCUUCCCACUCCACACAAUGAUUUAAGAAACCAACCUCGGACUUCAGGACAAAGGGUUAUAUUCAAAUUUUUUUUUCCCCAAAACAGUUGUUUCCUGCUCCCAGACUCUCUUCCCCAGGGAUCCGGUUCGCUUCCCCUGAGCAGAGGGACCCUGCUGUGUCCCCAGGGUGAUGGAGGGAAGGAGAGCAGAGAAAAAUGACCCAGACGGGGAUGUCGCUGUUCCCAGCCAUCCCUGCCCUCGCUGGACACUACCUGAUGCCUUCGCCUUUUCUUUUUCUAUCUUUCUCCGAGGAGGAGAUCCCGUGCAGGGGUGAAGGUGGCACAACAUCAGUCCCACUGAGAAAUUCAAACCACACACUACAGGGACUGAGACGCCGGCAGCACGUGCCGGGAGGAGGAUGGAGGGCUGUGCCAUUGGGCUGCUGUUGCCCACGGGAGAACGUCUCUCACUAAAGAUACCCAGGACAGGCUGCAUCCGCAGCCGCAAUGGUUAUUUAUUUUUAAGUUCCUUUGUUUGUUUGUUCUCGGUAUAUAUUUAUCAUCAGCUGCAAAAUUACUGGGUGGGAAUUUAGAGGAUGGUGUUAGAAUUAAUUAAUUCCUUCUGGGCUAACCUGCAACUGAACUCCUGCUCUGGGGCUGCCAGAAAAAAAAAAUAA